CUCCUCUUCGCGCACCAGACGCCGUGUCGAUCUCGCAGCGAAGAACGUCGUACAGCUAUGCGACGCCAUCGCACGCUAUCAACGAGCGGCGCCAAGCCGAGAAUGUCGAGAUGCACUCGCUGCCGAGGUGACGAUAGUGCCGCUCACGCCGCCUACCCAUAAUUCCAUCCUCCCUUCCCUGUUGGCUUCCAUUGCGUCAUGGCCGUCCCAGCAUCACAAGGCGCUCAACCACCUUUUUGUACGGAUAGUCUUUAUACGGACACUGUAAGAUGUACCAUAGAAUUUUCCAGCACACAUACUUCACGCUUUGUUGUGGUUAUUUCACAAGAUGCGUUUCGACGAGAGCCAGAUAUAGGGUCAGGCUGCAUGUGCCGUGAUACAGUGAUAAAAGGAAGAGACCCUGGUGCAGCGUGGCGGAGCCAAAGCCGGGUCAUAUUAUGGCGCCGCAGUGUCAUUCUUGCUGCGACCUCCCGAGAGUAUCUUGCCGAUGCGGCCCAUCAACGGGCGCCUUUCUCCGUCGAACUGCUCGUCAUCAUCAUCCCCGUUGGCGUCCUCGCCGGCGCCUUGCGUCGCGCUCGACAUGCCGAUCCGACUCUGCGGACUUGCCGCCCCGGGCUUUGUAGCCGCUACCGCCCUGGCCUCCGCUGAAGGGUUCUCCGAAAUGAGCGCUGGCGCGCUGGCGCGGCUGCUCAAAUCGGCAUGCCCCCAUAUUUGCGGCCGGUCCUCGUGA